UUCGGCCCUCCCCCUCACCGCCCCUUUGACGAGAGGUAGUAUAUGAACAGGGCCGCGCCGCCAUGCCUCUCACUGCCCCUGUGCCUGACGGAGACCGCGUAGGUGGGGUGAUCGAGGACAGAGGUGGUGCGCCGUAAGUCAGCCAAGCUCGUUGAGAGUCCUGGAGUUAAGUUGGUGUAUCUGUAAGUGACUGCGACCGCUUGUUUUGAGCUGAGCUCCUGACUCCACCACCAUGCCUGGCCAUAUCGUGAAGUCCACCGGGCCGGACCCCGACCCCACCGAGUUUCUAUUCGUCUCCCUCGAGCAGAAGCGAACGGAUCAAACUAAACCCUAUGACGCCAAGAAGUCCUGCUGGGUGCCCGACGAGAAGGACGGGUACAUCGAGGGUGAGAUCCAGGGCACCAAGGGGGACAUAGUGACUGUCCUGGCUAGAGGAGAGACCAAAAACUUGAAGAAGGACCUCGUGGCUCAAGUUAACCCACCCAAGUACGAGAAGUGCGAGGACAUGUCCAACCUGACCUACCUGAACGAUGCCUCUGUCUUGUACAACCUCAAGUCUCGCUACGUGUGUAAGCUCAUCUACACUUACUCCGGCCUCUUUUGCAUUGCCGUCAAUCCAUACAAGCGCUACCCCAUCUACACCAACCGUGUUGUCAAGAUCUAUCAGGGCAAGAGGCGUAAUGAGGUGCCGCCUCACAUCUUUGCCAUCUCUGAUGGUGCCUAUAUGAACAUGUUGCAAGUUGGUGAGAACCAGUCCAUGCUGAUUACCGGCGAAUCCGGCGCCGGCAAGACGGAGAACACCAAAAAGGUACUCUCCUACUUCGCUAACGUCGGCGCCACCACAUCCAAGAAAAAGGAAGCAGAGAAAAAGCAGAACCUGGAGGACCAGAUCAUCCAGACCAACCCCAUCCUGGAGGCCUUCGGCAACGCCAAGACCACGCGUAACGACAACUCCUCCUGCUUCGGCAAGUUCAUUCGAAUCCACUUCCAACCUACCGGCAAGCUUGCUGGUGGAGACAUCGAGGUCUACCUCCUUGAGAAGGCUCGUGUUAUCUCCCAGCAACCGGCCGAGCGCUCUUACCACAUCUUUUACCAAUUGAUGUCCGACCAAGUGUCAUGGCUCAAGUCCGAGUGCCUCCUUAGCAACGACAUCUACGACUACCACUAUGUGUCUCAGGGCAAGGUCACCGUGCCCUCCAUUGACGACAAGGAGGAGAUGCAAUUCACAGACGAAGCCUUCGACAUCCUCGGCUUCUCGAGGGAAGAAAAAGCCAACGUGUAUAAGACAACAUCCGCCGUCAUGAAUUUCGGAGAGUGUAAAUUCAAGCAGAGAGGACGUGAAGAGCAGGCUGAGCCGGACGGCACAGAGAAAGGAGAGAUCGUUGGUAAGCUGCUGGGUGUGGAUGGGCUGGACCUGUACAAAUGCCUGUGUAAGCCCAAGAUCAAGGUGGGCAACGAGUUUGUGACGCAAGGUCGCAACGUGGAGCAAGUACUGUACUCGGUGGGCGCUCUCUCCAAGGCCUUAUUCGACCGCAUGUUCAAGUGGCUGGUGAAAAAAUGCAACAUCACCCUUGAGACUGGCUUGAAGCGGCACUCCUUCAUCGGCGUGCUCGACAUCGCCGGUUUCGAGAUCUUCGACUUCAACGGCUUCGAGCAGAUCUGCAUCAACUUCUGUAAUGAGAAGCUGCAGCAGUUCUUCAACCACCACAUGUUCGUGCUGGAGCAGGAGGAGUACAAGAGGGAGGGCAUUGAUUGGACUUUCGUGGACUUUGGGAUGGACUUGCAGGCUUGCAUUGAGCUAUUCGAGAAGCCUCUGGGUCUCCUGUCCAUCCUAGAGGAGGAGUCCAUGUUCCCUAAGGCCACAGACAAGUCCUUUGAGGAAAAGCUCAAAGCCAACCACCUUGGCAAGUCCGCUGUAUUCAUCAAGCCCAAGCCCCCGAAGCCCGGCCAGAAGGAAGCACACUUCGCCAUCGUGCACUACGCCGGGACCGUCCCUUACAACCUGGCGGGGUGGCUCGAGAAGAACAAAGAUCCCCUCAACGACACUGUGGUGGAUCUUCUCAAGAAGUCCUCCAACAGCCUAUGCGUGGAUAUCUUUGCCGACCACCCGGGCCAGUCAGGCGGCCCCGACCAGGGCAAAGGAGGCCGAGGAAAGAAAUCUGGCGGGUUCUCAACUGUGUCAUCCUCGUACAGGGAGCAAUUGAACAACCUAAUGAAGACCCUGAACGCCACUCACCCUCACUUCAUCCGCUGCAUCGUGCCCAACGAGACGAAAUCCCCGGGUGUGACUGACGCGGCCCUCAUCAUGCACCAGCUGACCUGUAACGGUGUGCUUGAGGGCAUCCGUAUCUGUCGCAAGGGCUUCCCCAACAGACUCGUGUAUCCAGACUUCAGGCAUCGGUACUUGAUCCUCGCGUCCAAGCCGAUGACGGAGGCCGGGGACCCCAAGGCGGCGGCCAAGGUGUGUCUGGAGGUGAUUGAGCUGGACAAGGAGAAGUACCGCCUUGGGCACACCAAGGUGUUCUUCCGUGCCGGUGUGCUGGGUAGCUUGGAGGAGCUACGUGAUGACCGUGUCGGCAUGAUCAUAUCGUGGCUCCAGGCUUGGAUAAGAGGGUUCGUCUCCCGUAAGUCUUUCAAAAAGUUGCAGGAGCAGCGCAUUGCACUUAUCGUGGUGCAGCGUAACAUCAGAAAGUUCAUGAAGCUCCGCAACUGGGCUUGGUAUCGCAUGUGGCAGAAGGUGAAGCCUCUCCUGAACGUCACUAGAGUGGAAGAUGAGAUUCGUGCACUUGAAGAAAAGGCCACCAAGGCUCUCGAAGAACUGGAGAAAGAGACAAAGCUUCGCAAACAGUUCGAGUCCGCCAACGUCACUCUUCUGGAAGAAAAGAACAACUUGCUUGUGGCUCUAGAGUCGUCGAAGGGCAACAUGUCGGAUUUCCUGGACAAGCAAUCAAAGUUGCAGAACCAGAAGGCUGAACUCGAGGCUCAGCUAAAUGAAACCAGUGACAGACUGCAACAGGAGGAGGAAGCUCGUAACCAGAUCUUCCAAAGCAAGAGAAAAAUAGAGCAGGAAGUUAGCACUCUCAAAAAAGAUAUCGAGGAUUUGGAGUUGAACAUCCAGAAAGCUGAGCAAGAUAAAGCAACGAAAGAUCACCAAAUUCGCAAUUUGAAUGAUGAAAUCGCUCACCAAGAUGAACUCAUUAACAAGAUCAACAAGGAGAAGAAACACCUUUUGGAGAGUAACCAAAAGACCGGGGAGGACCUCCAAGGCAUCGAGGAUAAGUGUAACCACUUGAACAAAGUUAAGGCAAAGCUGGAACAAACUCUAGACGAACUGGAAGACUCCCUGGAGCGGGAGAAAAAGAUACGCUCUGAUGUGGAAAAAGCAAAGAGGAAGGUGGAGGGUGAUCUGAGGCUGACCCAAGAGGCCGUUGCUGACCUGGAGCGUAACCACAAGGAACUCGAACAAACCAUACAGCGUAAGGACAAGGAAGUGUCUUCUUUGGUCAACAAGUUGGAAGAAGAGCAGAGCGUGCUGGCUAAAGUCCACAGGCAAAUCAAGGAACAACAGUCCCGUAUUGAGGAACUCGAGCAAGAGGUCGAACAUGAGCGGCAGGCCAGAGCUAAAGCUGAAAAAAACAGGAGCAAGUUGGGUAAAGACCUGGAGGAGCUUGGCGACCGCCUUGACGAAGCCGGAGGAGCCACAGCCGCACAGAUCGAGCUAAACAAAAAACGUGAGGCUGAGUUGAUCAAGCUCCGCCGAGAACUCGAGGAGACCAACAUCCAGCACGAGGCGGCAAUGGCUAGCCUCCGAAGGAAACAUAACGAUUCCGUGGCGGAAAUCUCCGAACAGGUCGACCACUUGAACAAGAUGAAAGCCAGGAUAGAGAAAGAUAAAGAAUCUCUCAAGCGAGAAGCGGAUGAGUCCAAGGCGGCCAUGGAUUCCCUCACAAGGGAGAAGAUCACAGCUGAAAAGACUAACAAACAACUUGUCCUUCAAUCGAACGAAAUACAAGCAAAGCUGGACGAAGCAAACAGGACCUUACAUGACUUCGACGCCGCAAAAAAGAAGCUUGCAGUAGAAAAUGCUGACCUUCUGCGGCAGUUGGAAGAAGCCGAGAGUCAAAUCGGCCAGCUGUCCAAGCUAAAGUUGUCCCUCACCAAUCAGCUUGACGACACCCGCAAGGUUGCCGACGACGAGUCUCGGGAAAAAGCAACACUCUUCGGAAAGUUCCGCAACUUAGAACAUGACAUCGACGGUCUUAGAGAGCAGCUGGAUGAGGAAAGUGAGGCUAAGGCAGAUGUAUUGAGACAGCUAUCGAAAUCUAACGCCGAGGCCCAGAUGUGGCGCGCCAAAUACGAGAGUGAAGGCGUGGCGCGCGCCGAGGAACUGGAGGCCGCCCGUUCCAAACUCGCCGCUCGUCUGGAGGAGGCUGAGCAACAAAUAGAGCAGCUCAACGUUAAGACCCUUCACCUGGAGAAGACUAAACAGCGCCUCACUACCGAUGUGGAGGAUAUGCAGGUACAAAUGGAACGUUUCCAGGCCUUAGCCAACGCUGCGGAAAAGAAACAGAAAAACUUCGACAGGAUUAUCAGUGAAUGGAAACUGAAGGUCGACGAUUUGGCGGCCGAGCUCGACGCUUCCCAAAAGGAAUGCCGCAAUUAUUCAACUGAACUCUUCCGCGUUAAGGCUGCUUACGAGGAAAACCUUGAACAGCUGGACGGCGUGCGUCGCGAAAACAAGAACCUUGCUGACGAAAUUAAGGAUCUAAUGGAUCAGAUUGGUGAAGGUGGUCGAUCCUUCCAUGAAAUACAAAAGAACGCCAAACGUCUAGAGAUUGAAAAGGAUGAGCUGCAAGCCGCCCUGGAGGAGGCCGAGGCUGCCCUGGAACAAGAAGAAAAUAAGGUUCUCCGUGCCCAGCUGGAACUCAGCCAAGUCAGGCAAGAGAUUGAUCGCCGCAUUCAAGAAAAGGAAGAAGAGUUUGACAACACUCGCAAGUGCCACCAGCAUGCCCUCGAGUCCAUGCAAGCCUCCCUGGAGGCCGAGGCCAAGGCUAAGGCUGAGGCUCUUCGCAUGAAAAAGAAGUUGGAGUCAGACAUCAACGAGUUGGAGAUCGCCCUUGAUCAUUCCAACAAGGCCAACACUGAUCUCCAAAAACACCUCAAGAAGGUGCAGGCAGAAAUGAGGGACUUGCAGAUUCGCGUGGAAGAAGAGCAUCGCAUGGCCUCUGAAUACCAAGAGCAGCUCGGCAUUUCUGAACGCCGCGUCCAUGCUUUGAGUGGUGAGCUUGAAGAGUCGCGGACUCUCCUUGAGCAAUCCGACCGUGGGCGUCGUCAGACUGAGGCAGAACUGGCUGAAGCCAACGAACAAGUCAGCGAACUCACGAACCAAAAUGGUUCUCUCACAAUUGCCAAGAGGAAAAUAGAAAACGAGAUGCAAACUCUGCAGGCUGACUUGGAAGAAAUGCUGAACGAAGCCAAGAACUCCGAGGAGAAGGCCAAGAAGGCCAUGGUGGACGCCGCACGUCUAGCCGAUGAACUCCGCGCCGAGCAGGAACACGCCCAGGCACAAGAAAAGUUACGUAAGGGUCUCGAGACUAACGUAAAAGAACUGCAAGUCCGCUUGGAUGAAGUAGAGAGCGGUGCCGUGAAGAGCGGUAAGAAGGCGAUUAGUAAACUUGAAACGCGCAUCCACGAACUAGAAAGUCAACUGGAUGACGAGUCCCGCCGCCACUCAGACGCCCAAAAGAACCUGAGGAGGUGCGAGAGGCGCAUCAAGGAGCUCACCUUCCAGGCCGACGAGGACAAGAAGAACCACGAGAGGAUGCAGGACCUCGUCGACAAACUUCAAUUGAAAAUUAAGACGUACAAGAGGCAGAUCGAGGAGGCCGAAGAGAUUGCUGCCCUCAACCUGGCUAAGUUCCGCAAGGCCCAGCAGGAGCUUGAAGAGUACUCGGCAGCUCUUUAAACAGCUUCAGUUCAACCAAAUUCGUGGUUCUCCGUGUAAGUUAUCAGUACUUGCGAAAAGCGAGCCUUCAAAAUUAAAAUUUUGAGCAUUUUUGUGAGAAAAAUGCCUUUAUUUCCCUAACCAAACCAAGGGUCUACGCAGACAAUAAUUAAACUUUAAAGUUGGUUAAUACGCUGGUUUGUAAUUCAAACGGCUCAGAGGUCCCUGUAGAAAAACUGAAUCACAUGUUAUCAUUUUGCUUCAUUAUAUAUGCUACAUAACUUAUGAAAACAAUAAAUUAUCAGCAUCCA